GAUUUCUUUUCACAUUGCACGACGUCGUUUUGCCUUUCACUUUGGUAAUAUCAAUACAAAAAGCCUAAAUUCCCUGUCUUCCGGCCAUUGCCGGCGGCCGGACCACUGCUCCUUCUUCCAUUAUUUUCCGAUCUCUCUCUCUCUCUGUACCAGAGCCCACUUCUAACUACAAAUCCUUAAAAACCCAAACUUUACUCCUCUAAUGGCAGCAUCUUCUUCUUCAAUCUCCCUCUUAUUCUCCAACACUCCCAGAAUCUCAUUCCCAACCCAGGAUUCCCCUUUUCUUCCUCUCCACAACGCCACCUUUUUAAAAUCUUCUCCAAAAACUGGUUCUCUUUCUCUCAGAUUAGAAGGGGUCUCCUCCAUCAACAAGAAGAAGCUUAGUUGUAAAGCGGUUUCAUCGACUGAAAUGGCUGCUGCUGAGGGGAAGAAGAAGAAGGUGGAUGUUUUCGAUUCUAAGGAUGAGUUGGCUGUGAAUUUGGCUAAGUACACUGCUGAUCUCUCUGAUAAGUUUACCAAAGAAAGAGGUGCUUUUACUGUUGUUUUGUCUGGUGGAUCUCUCAUCGAUUAUCUAAGGAAAUUGCUGGAACCACCGUAUCUUGAUUCAGUGGAUUGGUCAAAGUGGCGUGUCUUUUGGGUGGAUGAGAGAGUUGUGCCUAAGGAUCAUGAAGAUAGUAACUAUAAACUUGCUUAUGAUGGUUUCCUUUCUAAGGUACCAAUUCCUCCUGGUAAUGUUUACGCCAUCAACGAUGCAUUGUCAGCUGAGGGCGCAGCUGAUGACUACGAAACCUGUUUGAGGCAAUUGGUUAAGAGCGGUGUGAUAGACUUCUCCGAAGCCAGUGGAUUCCCGAAGUUUGAUCUCAUGUUACUUGGCAUGGGCCCAGAUGGACAUGUAGCUUCCCUUUUCCCGGGACACCCUCUUGUCAACGAGAAAGAAAAGUGGGUUACUUUCAUAAAGAACUCACCGAAACCUCCCCCAGAGAGAAUCACUUUCACAUUUCCAGUGAUAAAUUCUUCUGCUUAUAUCGCCCUUGUUGUGACUGGUGCUGGUAAAGCUGAUGCUGUGCAUAAAGCACUUGGAACACCUAGUGAUGAUUCUAACACACUGCCUGUUGAACUAGUUUCGCCUGCUGGAGAGCUGACUUGGUUUCUAGACAAGAACGCAGCUUCGAAGUUGUAGAAGGUAGAGGGAGAGCAUAUCUAUCUAUCUGAAUAAAUUAUCUCCCAUGCUCAUCUUCUGUUUUGUUGUUUGAUCAGAGAGCUUCUAUGUGGGGAUGAUUGAGUACUGUAAUCUUGACAGUACCAGUUUAGCAUCAUGACAAACUGGUAAUUUUCAAGGUCUUGAAUAAACUAUAGUUUGAUAAUAACAGUAACACCCUUCAGUUUUAUUUGGA